GCACAGUCAUUGGGAGAGAGAGAGAGAGGCUUCAAAUUUCCUUCCGUGGCUAACGAGAUCGAGAGAGGAGAGAAGAGAAGGGGAAGAAGAAAAUGUUGAAGGCAUGCAUUGCAGCGGAUCAGCUCCAAUUACUAUCUCAAUGCCGAUUUGUYUCCCCUCCCAAAGCUUUUAAUCCAACGCGUCGAGGACUAGCUUCCGUCUCCUGCUGUUCCUCCUCCUCGUCUUCGGUUUCUCGUCCGCUGUCUUCCUCUCGAGCCCCUGAUCUCUCUGUUUCUGAGUCUAUAGCCGGUACGAGCGCAGCAGCAAACGGGUCCGCCGUGGUCAGCUUCGCGGACCGGCUUCGGCUUGGGAGCUUGACUGAAGAUGGGCUGUCGUACAAGGAAAAGUUCAUAGUGAGGUCAUAUGAGGUCGGCAUUAAUAAAACUGCUACAGUUGAAACAAUUGCCAAUCUGUUGCAGGAAGUUGGAUGCAAUCAUGCUCAGAGUGUUGGGUUUUCUACAGAUGGAUUUGCGACAACUCUUACCAUGAGAAAGUUGCAUCUCAUAUGGGUGACUGCUCGCAUGCACAUCGAAGUGUAUAAAUACCCUGCAUGGGGUGAUGUGGUUGAGAUUGAGACUUGGUGCCAAGGUGAAGGAAGAAUUGGGACCAGACGUGACUGGAUUCUCAGAGAUUUUGCAACUGGUGCGGUUAUUGGAAGAGCUACCAGCAAGUGGGUGAUGAUGAACCAAGAUACAAGACGACUACAGAAAGUCAGUGAUGAUGUCCGAGAGGAAUAUUUAAUUUAUUGUCCACGAACUCCUCGAUUAGCAUUUCCAGAGGAGGAUAACAGUAGCUUAAAGAAAAUUCCAAAGCUUGAAGACCCUCCACAAUAUUGCAGACAAGGGCUUGUGCCUAGGAGAGCUGAUUUGGACAUGAACCAGCAUGUGAAUAAUGUCACUUACAUUGGAUGGGUACUUGAGAGCAUUCCUCAAGAGAUUAUUGACACCCAUGAGCUUCAAAAGAUCACACUUGAUUACAGACAGGAGUGUCAACAUGAUGAUGUGGUUGAUUCCCUCGCUAGCAUAGAACUUGGAGGGGGUGUUGAAGCAGUUUCGGAGCUUCAUGGAGCGAAUGGUUCUGCCACUGUGACACAAGGCACACAAGACUGCUGCCAGUUUUUGCACUUCUUGAGAUUGUCUAGCAACGGGCUUGAAAUAAACAGGGGCCGCACUGAGUGGAGGAGGAAACCGGCCAGAUAAGUUAUCAAGUGUAUCCCCUAGCUCCCUUUCUCCUUCACAAAGUCUUGAAGGUUUUAUUCUUUUUUCUUUUAAAUCUUUGAAAAUUUUUCUUUUUUCCUGGGUGAUACUUAUUAGUGAUGCUUCUGUUGGGAGCAAGGUUUCGUUUUUACAACAUUUAUUGUCUUCCUUUCCCACAAUCCCACCAUCAGGCAUGUGUUUUGUGAUGUAAGAGGUCUGGCUUAGCCGAGGCUAGCAUGUAAAACUAAAUACAAUCCCUAAAUCCAGUCUCAGCACCUAUUAUCUUUACA